GUAAUCAUUUAAAAUGGUAAGGUACUCUCUUGAUACAGAGAACCCCACAAAAUCAUGCAAGUCAAGGGGUUCAAAUCUCCGGGUCCACUUCAAGAACACCCGUGAAACAGCCCAAGCUAUCAAGGGCAUGCAUGUCCAAAAAGCUACCAAGUAUUUGAAAGAUGUCACAUUGAAGAAACAAUGUAUUCACUUCAGGCAAUAUAAUGGUGGAGUUGGCAGGUGUGCCCAGGCUAAGCAGUGGGGUUGGACACAGGGUCGUUGGCCCAAAAAGAGUGCUGAGUUCUUGCUGCAUAUGCUUAAAAAUGCAGAGAGUAACGCAGAGCUGAAGGGUUUGGAUGUGGAUUCUCUCGUCAUUGAGCAUAUCCAGGUUAAUAAGGCACCUAAAAUGCGACGGCAUACUUACAGGGCUCAUGGUCGGAUCAACCCAUACAUGAGUUCUCCUUGCCAUAUUGAGAUGAUACUUACUGAAAAGGAACAAAUUGUUCUUAAACCAGAAGAGGAUGUUGCUCAAAAGAAAAAGAUAUCCCAGAAGAAACUGAAGAAACAAAAGCUUAUGGCACGGGAGUAAAUAUGACAUUAGAAAGCAAAUAAAAGUGAAAUAAA